AACUAAUCUGUUCAUCAAUUGAUCUCAUCCAUACACUAGACUAUUAAUCGAAUCUAUAGCAUCUUCUUCUUUUGCGAGUAAUUCACAGUACUGUCCUCAACGGAAGUACGAUGUCUUUCUAAGUUUUAGAGGAGAAGAUACUCGAAAAAAAUUUACGAGUCACUUGUACCAAGGUUUGGAAAAUAAGGGAAUAUUCACCUUUCUAGAUGAUAAAAGGCUAGAGGAUGGUGAUUCCAUCUCAGAAGAACUUGUGAAAGCUAUAGAAGAGUCUCAAGUUGCAGUAAUCGUUUUCUCAAAGAAUUAUGCUACGUCAAGGUGGUGCUUGAAUGAACUAGUGAAGAUAAUGGAAUGCAAGGAGAAAAAAAUUGGACACACAGUCAUACCGGUCUUCUGUUAUGUGGAUCCAUCACAUGUUCGAUACCAAAGUGAGAGCUUUGCAGAAGCAUUUGCCAAACACGAAUCGAGGUACAAGGAUGAUGUUGAGGGGAUGCAGAAGGUGCAAGGAUGGAGGAAUGCCCUAGCUGCUGCCGCAAAUCUAAAGGGAUAUGAUAUCCGUGACUGGAUUGAAUCAGACUUCAUUCAGCAUAUUGUUAGCCAAGUUUCGUUCAAAUUAUGCAAGACUUCAGUAUCUUAUUUGCGAAAUGUUGUGGGAAUAGAUACUCAUUUAGAAAAAGUAAAAUCCCUAUUAGAAAUGGAGAUCAAUGAUGUUCGGAUUGUUGGGAUCUGGGGAAUGGGUGGAGUUGGUAAAACGACAAUAGCAAGGGCUAUUUUUGAUACAAACUCAAAUCGAUUUGAUGGUGCUUGUUUUCUUGCGGAUAUUAAGGAAAACAAGUGUGGAAUGCAUUCUUUGCAAAAUAUCCUUCUCUCAAAACUGUUGAGGAUACAAGGUAACCACGUAAAUAAUAAAGAGGACGGAAAGCACAUGAUAGCUCAUAGACUUCGGUCUAAGAAGGUUUUAGUUGUGCUUGAUGACAUAGAUCACAAUGACCAUUUGGAUAACCUAGCUGGAGAUCUUGAUUGGUUUGGCAAAGGCAGUAGGAUUAUUGCAACAACUAGAGAUAGACAUUUGCUGGGAAAGAAUGAUGUAGUAUAUAAAGUGACUGCACUACUUAACCAUGAUGCUAUUAAAUUGUUCCAUCAAUAUGCUUUCAAAGAAGAAGUUCCAGGUGAAUGUUUUGAGAAGCUCUCGUUGGAGGUCAUUCAUCAUGCUAAAGGCCUUCCUUUAGCACUGAAAGUGUGGGGUUCUUUCUUACAUAAGAGGGACAUAAUUGAGUGGAGAAGUGCUAUAGAGCAAAUGAAAAUUAAAUCCAAGUCAGAAAUUGUUGAAAAACUUAAAAUUAGCUACGAUAGACUGGAGACCAUACAACAAGACAUAUUUCUAGAUAUAGCAUGCUUCUUACGAGGGGAUAAAAAAGAAGACAUCAUGGAAAUUCUUGAGAGUUGUUAUUCUGGAGCAAAUAUUGAAUUGAGUGUCCUAAUUGACAAAUCUCUUGUGUUCAUCGACAACUAUGAUAGGAUUCAGAUGCAUGACUUAAUACAAGAUAUGUGUAAAUAUAUAGUGAAUAUGCAAAAGGAUCCAGGUGAACGCAGCAGACUAUGGGAGGUUAAAGAUUUGAAAGAAGUGUUGGUCAACAAUACAGGGACAGUGGCAGUGGAAGUAAUCUGGAAUAUUUAUAUUCCAAAAUUAUGGUUAAGCAAAGAGGCAAUGAAAAAUAUGAAAAGACUUAGGAUAUUACAUAUAACUGACUGUCACGGAUGGCUCCAACGGGACCCCUAUCCAGAUUAUUGCCCCGGGAGUGAUUCGGAAGACAAUGUUUCCUAUGAUUCCAAUUGCCAUGAUGGUUUCAUUGAGUACCUGCCCAACAACUUGCGUUGGUUUACCUGGUAUCGCUAUCCUUGCAAGUCAUUGCCAGAAAAUUUUAAACCGCAAAGACUUGUUCAUCUUGAACUCCAGGAUAGUUUGUUGCAUGAAUUAUGGACUAAAAGAAAGAUACUUUUGCCGUCUCUACGAAGGCUAGAUCUCCGGUACUCUAGAAGCUUGAUGGCAACACCAGAUUUCACCGGGAUGCCAAAUUUGGAGUAUUUGGAUUUGAGUGGAUGCAAGAGUCUUAAAGAGGUUCACCAUUCUCUGGGAUGUUCCAGAAAACUCAUCUCUUUAGAGUUGUAUGGUUGUAUAAACCUUGAGAGGUUUCCAUGUGUAAACGUGGAAUCUCUUGAAAAACUAUAUCUAAUGAGUUGCUGUAGUUUAGAGAAAUUUCCAGAAUUCCUUGGAAGACUGAAGCUGAAGUUAGACAUUUCUGAGAGAGGAGGCUCCGAGAUAAGCAGUGAUUUGCCUACAGAGCUAGAUUUGAGUAAUUUCAAAAACCUUGUAGCUUUUCCAAGCAGCAUUGGCAUGUUGAAAAGCUUGGUGAAGUUAUAUCUAUCGUAUUGCUCUAAGUUUGAAAGCCUUUCAGAAGGGAUAGGGGAUUUAGAAAACUUGGAGGAGCUUCGUGCCGACUAUACUCUAAUCUCACAACCUCCAUCUUCCAUUAUCCGGCUGAACAAACUUAAAUCAUUGAGUUUUGCAAAAAAAAAAACAGGAGGAGGUCUCGUAGAUGGAGUGUUCUUUGUUUUCCCUCACGUGAAUGAAGGGUUACACUCAUUGGAAAAGCUAGAUCUCCGUUACUGCAAUUUAACAGAUGGAGGACUUCCGGAAGACAUUGGAUGUUUAUCCUCAUUGAAAGAGUUGCAUCUCCAGGGAAAUAAUUUUGAGCAUUUGCCUCUAAGCAUAGCCCAACUUGGUUCUCUUCGAUCCUUGGACUUAUCAGAGUGCAGGAGGCUUAAAAAGUUUCUAGGUGUUAAUGUGGCUGAAGGGUUACGCUCGUUGGAAAAUCUGAAUCUCAGUUACUGCAAUUUAAAAGAGGGAGUACUUCCCGAAGACAUUGGAUGCUUAUCCUCUUUGAAAGAGUUGAAUCUCCAGGGAAAUAAUUUUGAGUAUUUGCCUCGAAGCAUAGCCCAACUUGGUUCCCUUCGAUCCUUGGAUUUAUCAGAGUGCAAGAGGCUUAAAGAGUUUCUAGGUGUUAAUGUGGCUGAAGGGUUACGCUCAUUGGAAAAUCUGAAUCUCAGUUACUGCAAUAUAAUAGAUGGAGGGCUUCCGGAAGACAUUGGAGGCUUAUCCUCUUUGAAAGAGUUGAAUCUCCAGGGAAAUAAUUUUGAGCAUUUGCCUCGAAGCAUAGCACAACUUGGUGCUCUUCAAACCUUGCACUUAUCAGAUUGUCAUAUGGCUCUGAAAAUUAUUCCUAAUUUACCACAGAGGGUGAUAUUCACGCCAUUGCCAUAUGGCUCUGAAAAGUACAAUGAUUUGAUUCCUAUUACGUUUGCCCGUGCCAUGUUUCAGAAUAUCUCUGAUUCACAUUCCUUGUCAUUAAGAAUGUUUACCAUUGAGCAUGCUGGGAAUAAAAUCCCUAGUUGGUUCCACCAUCGGGGGACAGAUAAAAGUGUAUCAGUCAAUUUGCCUGAAAAUUGGUACACAUGUGAUAACUUCUUGGGAUUUGUUGUAUGUUAUUAUGACAGAUUAGUUGAAACCACAGCUCACUUGAUUCCCUUAUGCAAUCGGAUGCCGUGGAUGAUCCAGAAGUUAUCCGAAAGCAAUCAUUCAGAGUGCUAUACAUCU